AUGAUUCCAAGCUCCUUCAGUCAAACUGGUUCCCCUGCGUUCUGCGCCCUGCGCCGUGCGUCCUGCGCCCGGACUUCGCGGAUCCGCGGGGCUGCAGGCUGAGUCUCCGGGCUGUGAAUUACCUCCCGAGGCGGCGGCCUGGCUCCGCCUUCCUCUCGCCCCGCCACUGGUUUGAGUGGAGGCUUCAGAGCUGCGAGCCGAGAAGGCAACACCCCUCGUCCACACACAGCAACCUGCUCUUUCGGGGAGGGAUCCUUCCCGCUCCAGCGCCUCGUCUCGCUGGCGGGCGGCGGAGACCGAGCCGGGAGGGCCGGAGACCUCGGCGAUUCCCGUUAACAGUGCAGGCGAGAGACGCGUCAUAAUUACUCAUCCGCACUAAUUGCCCGUCAUUAAAGUUAAAGAGGCCGUCCGAAGAGGACCUCGGGUUCCAGGAGGCAGGCGGUGGCUGAGGCCGCCCGCUCCCAGUGCUCCCGGCUGGACCAGGGUUAAGGCUUGCCUCUUGCCUGCUGCCCGGCUGGCUGCCAGCUCGCCUUCAGCGAGAGGCCAAAGUCACUGCCAGAGCCUCGGGAGGUACGCCGGGAGCCGGGGCUGGACGCCCUCGGGCACCCCUCCCCCAGCGCGGCUUCUGGGAGGAGGCAGAAAGUGGGGGCUCCUGGGCAGGAAGCACCCGGCUCCCGCCAGCACAGCGCCAGGGUGGGCAGAGAGUCAGAGGGGCUGUGGGGACACCGAGAUGGCUGAUGAGAUUGACUGGCUGGACCUGCCCGGCCGCUGGACCUAUGGAGUUGACAGCGGUGGGAGAAUCUUCUUCAUCAAUGAUGAGGAAAAGUCAACCAGCUGGCUGCACCCUGGUAUGGAAUCGCCCAUCCAGAGUGGACACUCCUCCAGCCCAGGUUUGCCCAAGGGCUGGGAGAUGGAUUCCACGCAGGAAGGAGCUGUGUAUUUCAUCAACCAUAAUGAAAAACGGAACACAUUUCUACACCCAGUGACAGGCCAGGCCCCAGAGGAAAACAAAAAAUUUGACUUGAAAAUAUCGGCCUUGGACAUGUCCAAUAAAACAGGUGGGAAACGCCCGGCUACCACCAACAGUGACAUAUCCAACCACAACAUGGUGUCUGAGGUCCCUCCAGAGCGCCCCAGUGUCCGGGCGACCCGAACAUCCCGCAAAGCCAUCGCCUUUGGCAAGCGCUCGCACUCCAUGAAGAGGAACCCCAGUGCCCCUGUCGCCAAGGCAGGCUGGCUCUCCAAGCAGGCCAGCUCCGGGGUUAAACAGUGGAACAAGCGCUGGUUCGUCCUGGUGGAUCGCUGCCUCUUCUACUAUAAAGAUGAGAAGGAGGAGAGCAUCCUGGGCAGCAUCCCCCUCCUGAGCUUCCGGGUGGCUGCCGUGCAGCCCUCAGACAACAUCAGCCGCAAACACACCUUUAAGGUGACUGUGUGCUGGGUGGACGAGGCCGGGGCCUGUGCCAUGUACUGCGUCUCCCUGCAGGCUGAGCACGCGGGUGUCCGCACCUACUUCUUCAGUGCCGAGAGCCUCGAGGAGCAGGAGGCCUGGAUCCAGGCCAUGGCGGAAGCUGCCCGAGUACAGAUCCCUCCAUCCCAGAAGUCAGUGCCCCAAGCUGCACGCCACAACCAUGAGAAACCAGAUUCAGAAAACAUCCCACCCAGCAAACACCAGCACCAGCCACCCCACAACUGCCUCCCCAAGCCUGAACCAGAGGCCAAGACUCGAGGGGAGGGUGAUGGCCGAGGCUGCGAGAAGACAGAGAGGAGGCCCGAGAGGCCUGACGUCAAGAAGGAGCCCCUGGUGAAAGCCAAUGGCGUCCAAGCUGGACCAGAACCAGCCUCAGAGCCGGGCAGCCCUUACCCUGAGGGCCCGAGGGUCCCUGGGGGUGGGGAGCGGGCAUCCCAGCCCAAUGGCUGGCAGUAUAGCUCCCCAAGCCGGCCAGGGAGCACAGCAUUCCCGCCUCAGGACGGAGAGAGUGGGGGACACCGGCGGAGCUUCCCGCCACGCACUAACCCCGACAAGAUCGCCCAGCGCAAGAGCUCCAUGAACCAGCUUCAGCAGUGGGUGAACCUGCGCCGGGGGGUGCCCCCGCCCGAAGACCUUCGGAGUCCCUCUAGGUUCUACCCUGUGUCCCGCAGGGUCCCUGAGCCUUACAGCCCCUAUUCCCCCCAGUAUCCCGACGAUUACCAGUACUACCCACCGGGGGUGCGGCCAGACAGCAUCUGUUCAAUGCCCGCCUACGAUCGCAUCAGCCCACCCUGGGCCCUGGAGGACAAGCGCCACUCCUUCCGCAACGGGGGCGGCCCUGCCUACCAGCUGCGCGAGUGGAAGGAGCCCGCAGGCUACGGGCGGCCGGAUGGCACCGUCUGGAUCCCCAGCCCCUCCCGGCAGCCGGUCUAUUACGACGAGCUGGAUGCCGCCUCCGGCUCCCUGCGCCGCCUGUCCUUGCAGCCCCGUUCCCACUCUGUGCCCCGCUCGCCCAGCCAGGGCUCCUACAGCCGCGCCCGCAUUUACUCCCCCGCCCGCUCACCCAGUGCCCGUUUUGAGCGGCUGCCGCCUCGCAGUGAGGACGUCUAUGCCGACCCGGCUGCCUAUGUGAUGAGGCGAUCCAUCAGCUCCCCCAAGUAUGAUUACCUGGGAGACAGGCGGCCAGUCCCUGCAGGACUGUUCCCCUACAACUACCCACCAUCCCCCACGGUCCACGAUAAGAUGGAUGAACUUUUAGACCUUCAGUUGCAAAGAAACCUAGAGUAUUUGGAUCAGCAGAUGAGUGAGAGUGAGACUCUCAUCAGUAUGGUGAACCGCAUGGUGGAAAAUUCUUCCCCCAGGGCUCAACUCUUCAUGCAAGUCCCUCCGUACCCAGAAGUGUUCCGGGACAGCCUCCACACCUACAAGUUAAACGAGCAAGACACAGAUAAGCUGCUGGGCAAAUUGUGUGAGCAGAACAAGGUGGUGAGGGAGCAGGACCGGCUGGUGCAGCAGCUCCGAGCUGAGAAGGAAAGCCUGGAAAGUGCCUUAAUGGGGACCCACCAGGAACUGGAGAUGUUUGGGAGCCAGCCCACCUACCCAGAGAAACUGUUGCAUAAGAAGGAAUCCCUGCAGAACCAGCUCAUCAACAUCCGGGUAGAGCUGUCUCAGGCAUCCACGGCCCUGUCUAACAGCACCAUAGAGUAUGAGAACCUCGAGUCAGAGGUCUCCGCUCUGCAUGAUGACCUUUGGGAACAGCUCAAUUUGGACAUUCAGAAUGAGGUACUCAACCGGCAAAUCCAGAAAGAGAUUUGGAGGAUCCAGGAUGUGAUGGAGGGGCUGAGGAAGAGCAACCCGUCCCGAGGCACGGACACGGCCAAGCACCGAGGAGGACUUGGCCCCUCAGCCACCUACAGCUCCAACAGCCCGGCCAGCCCCCUCAGCUCCGCCAGCCUCACCAGUCCCCUGAGCCCCUUUUCACUGGUGUCUGGCUCUCAGGGGUCGCCCACCAAGCCUGGCUCCAGUGAGGAACCCGGCCCGCCUCGGCCUCCCCUCCCCAAAGCCUACGUUCCCCUGGAGUCUCCUCCAGCAGUCCCUCCACUCCCUAGCGAGAGCCGCUUCUGGCCAUACCCCAGCUCCCCUUCCUGGCACCGCAGCGACGAGACAGCCAGGGGGCAGCCCAAGGCAAGCUAUGAGCAAAGCAAAAAAGACCCUUACCAGACGUCACCCCUGGACGCCCCCAGAGACAUCAGCCUUGUGCCCACCAGGCAAGAGGUGGAGGCGGAGAAGCAGGCAGCUCUCAACAAAGUUGGCAUUGUGCCCCCUCGGACAAAGUCACCUGCUGAUGAAGAGGUGACGCCAUCACCGGUGGUGAGGAGGAGUGCCAGCGGGCUCACCAAUGGACUCCCCUCCCGGCAAGAACGCCCCAAGAGUGCGGUAUUCCCCGGCGAGGGGAAGGUCAAGAUGAGCGUGGAGGAGCAAAUUGACCGCAUGCGGCGGCACCAGAGUGGCUCCAUGAAGGAGAAACGGAGGAGCCUGCAGCUCCCGGCCAGCCCUGCCCCUGAUGUCAGCACGCGGCCCACCUACAAAGUGGUGCGCCGUCAUCGCAGCGUCCACGAGGUGGACAUCUCCAACCUGGAGGCGGCCCUGCGGGCAGAGGAGCCUGGCGGGCAAGCCUACGAGACGCCGCGGGAAGAAAUUGCCCGGCUGCGCAAAAUGGAGCUGGAGCCCCAGCAUUACAAUGUGGACAUCAAUAAGGAGCUCUCCACCCCAGACAAAGUCCUCAUCCCCGAACGGUACAUUGACCUGGAGCCGGACACUCCCCUGAGCCCCGAGGAGUUGAAGGAGAAGCAGAAGAAGGUGGAGAGGAUCAAGACUCUCAUUGCCAAAUCUAGUAUGCAGAACGUGGUGCCCACCGGCGAGGGGGACUCUGUGGAUGUGCCCCAGGACUCAGAGAGCCAGCUGCAGGAGCAGGAGAAGCGGAUUGAAAUCUCCUGUGCCCUGGCGACCGAGGCCUCCCGCAGGGGCCGCAUGCUGUCUGUGCAAUGUGCCACCCCAAGCCCUCCCACCUCCCCUGCUUCCCCGACUCCACCAGCCAACCCCCUCUCGUCUGAAUCCCCACGGGGCGCCGACAACAGCCAAACCAUGCGGGUCUGAGCUCUGACUGCAAGCCAUGGCUGAAGCCAAUGCUAUGAAGCUCCACAGAGCCACAUUCUGAAGUCCUUCUCUGCACACCUGAGGUCCUGGCUCCCUACCCUGGCCCCCUGCCCCUGCCCUCCUGUGGGAAUGCUGCAGGGAGCCGCGCUGGGGGCCAGGGGUUGCUGCCGAGAGGGGUCUGGAUACCUCGGUGCCCACACACCACCCUGUGCCCAGGCCUGAAGCCCUCACGACUCCUACGGUGGUCCUGGGGCAGGGCCUGAGAUGGUGGGGCGGCCCACUGCAGGCAGGGAGCCUAGGCCUACCUCCGGCUGGGGCUGGGAUGGCCUUACUGGAACAUGCCCUGGUGGGGAACAUGCCCUGGGCCAUCUUAAGUUAGGAUUAGAGGUGAAGAGGAGAUGGACCCUCUGCCUCUUUUAGCCCCUCUUGAUCCGGAGGACAGCAUGUGCCAUCUGCCCCUUUCCCAACCAGCCCCCCUCUACUGCCCCAGAUGUAGCAGGGCUUGGACACAUCUGCGCUUACGGGUGCUCCUUUGGGGUCCAAUGGAGACUGACCAAAGACAUGAUGAGAAAUGGGGAGAGGCUCCUUGGCUCCCAGGGGAACGGUUCUGCCUAUAGAAAGAGAACAGCAGGUUGUGCAGUGUCUGAGGACAGGAUGAGAAGGGGUAGCUGAGAGAAAGGGAGAGAGCCUCCUGAAAGUGGGAGGAAUGGGGGAAGCAGCAGGAUAGAUUGGCAAGUAAGCAGGAGGAGGAAGGAAAUGAAAAGAGGGUGGGGCUUGGUUUUCCCAGGGUGGAGCCUUAAGUCAGUGCCAAGUACAGUGCCAGAAGGUUGCCUCUGCCCCUCCCACCAUCCUCCCAGGGUCAGCGGGGCUGGGGCCGGAGCUGGGAGGACCUGCCAGGGGAAAAUGUGGUAGCCUUCUGCUGGGGUGAAGGGAAGUUGGGUAGCAAUAGCCUGGGAGUUGGCUCUUUCUGGUUCUGGGCAUAGUGUCUGCCUAGGGGCAGAGAGAAGACCCUUUCUUAUGUGGGAUAUGGUCCAUUUGGGGGCCUUCCCUAACCAGUUUCCUGACAUUUUCUUGCUCCCCUUCCUCCUGGAAUGUGCUGUGGACCAGCUGAGUGUGUCGCCUGGGGACAGGGGAGGAGGCCUUACCUGGGAGGCCAGGUCCCAGGACCCCACCCCAUCCCAGGCUGUCCAGAUGAAGACUGGAGGCUCUGCGGAGGGUCUCCCUUCCAGCUUGGCUCCCUCAUGAGCAGCCUAUGCAGGAAGGCCCAUGGGGGAGAGAUAGACAGAAGUAAAGUCCAUGGUUCUUCACUCUACCCACCUCAAGAUGAAUGUAGCAGGAAGGAGGGCAGAGAAUGAAGCUGAAGACAUCUAAGCCUUCUCUUUGCCAGAGUUGCUGCCCAGGCACUUCAGCCUGACCUCCAGUGGCCCCAAGAACAGCAAUUUAUCUUCUGCUGAUUCCUCUCCAGUUCUUCAUGGCUGGGACAGUUACUGGUUCAUAUGCAAGUAAAGAUGACAAUUCAUUCAACAAAUAUUUAUUGAGCACCUUCUAUGUACCAGGCACUGUUCUAGGUGCUUAGGAUAUUCUCAUGCUUCUGGGGGAUUACAGACUGGGGGAUUCCACCUGUCUCCAAUUCUAGCAGGUUUCUUGAACAUGGCUAAAUGUAAAUGUUGACGGCUACGUUUCUUUUCUUCAGCACAGCCUAAGCACCCCAAAUCCAUCCUUUCUUCCCUACGGACUGACAGGUGGAGUGGGCUCCCAGGGAACCUCUCCCCCCUCCUUCCCUAAUCUGUCUCCAUCAACAAGAAGCAGAUUUGCAGGGCCUGCCAUGGCUUCCCCUUCUUUGUCUCUUUUUUUUUUUUUUUUAUUAAGUGAUAUUUUUAGAAAUACAUGUAAAAUACCAAGAAAUAAUAUCUGCACCUCUGCCACCUCUCACCUGUUAUUCCAUAAAGCUGGAUCUUUAUGUUGCUUUACAUGCCUUAAUAUAUGUUUUAUGGAGAUUAUACAUGUUAUAUAUAUAUAUAUAUUUGUUUGGAUGUCUGAUCUUUUCCCAGAGCUCCUGCCCAGGCCCAUUUCUCUCCCUUAUUUUCACAGCAUUCCUAGCAUGUCAAGGCCAUACCCCUUUGCCUUUUGAUCCAAAGAGGGGGAAGAGGAAAGACAUAUUUUAUGACAGAUCUAUUUUAUGCCUUCGUUCAAAGCAAAUCUGUUUUCAAAAUGAGCAAUGUCUGAAUGGAAUUGGCAAAUGAAGUGAGGAGCCUGGGGUGGCUGCCUCGAGAUCCCAGCCCUCUCCCCCAACAGCCACCUUCCCGUUGCCCAGGGCUGGCUCCCGGAGCUCACAUGGAGAGAAUCUUGCCAGGGCAGGACAUUCUCUGGGUAGUCCUGGUCUAAGGAUUUGACUACACGGUCAACUCUUGAUGACCUUCUGAGGGUUUAUCUGAUGCAAAACCUCUUAAAGGAAAUAGUUACUCCUGGGCCAGCUGUGUGCACAGAAGUACACCCGUGCAGGCACCCCCAUCCUCGGAUGUGUUCCCAGACCACCUCCUUUCAUCACCCUGCUGGAAAGGGCAAACAAUCGAACGCAGCCCAUGCCAAACAGCAACAAGAAUGUCAGGCUACUCCUCGAUGGACCCAAAGCCAGAGGAAAGGGCUUGGGGUCUCCUGUGCCAUCACUCUUCCUUUAGCGCAGACACUGCGACUUCCUUGGACUGGUCACAUUCCUUUUUGCUUGAUCCCUCUCUGGUCUGCCUCACAUCCACGGCAUCCUCCCUCUGACCUUUCUCCUGGGGGCUGUUCUUAAAGGGAUGGUACCUCAGUCUGGCAUCCAGACUGCAAAAUCAGCCUCUGGGCUGAGGAGGGUCCCACAGACAAUGUAGUGUUUCAACCUUGCCCAGGAAAUCCCCAGGACUUUUUUCUCUGGCAACUUGCCACUGGGGCAUUGAAAUAAAUCAGCUCAGCUUUCCAAACUGCUGAUUGCCUGUUGGAUCUAGGGGCUCUUGCCUUGCAAAGAUUGGGCAGAACAGAAGUCUUUGCCCAGAUCUGGAAUUAGGGGUUUUGGCUGGGUGGCUUAGCACGGAGCUCCUGACCAGCGUUUGAAGUCCGACGUUUACCGGCUUCUGUUGCCAGCCUCAAGUAUCUUGUUAUGAACGAACAGGGCCCGAUGGAGACCCAGGGCAAAGUAACUCACCUGGGGAAAGCCCUCGUUACUAAUCUAGGGCCUUCUCAAUUAGCACAUUACCUCCCUGAUCAAUAACCAAGAGGCUGCAAUCAAAUACUGCUAAUAUCGCUUUAAAGAUUUUCUGAGGUUGCAAGCUGUGCUCACUUGCUCUUCUGCCUUUGCGAGAGGCGUGCUCUUGGGGCGAGCCGACUGUAGCAAGAUGGAAUUGAUUUCUUUUCCCUUCAGGCACCCUCCACCUGGCAGCUCUUAAAACUAAGAAAAAAUAUUAAAUAUAUGUACACAUAUCUAUUUAUGCACAUAUUGGGGUCAAUUUGAUUUGCUAGUAUUAGACAAUAAACCAUAUAAGGAAAUCUAUGAUCUCAGUGUCUUUAUUUAGUAAUAAAGUGACCUUAGAAGAAGAGUUAAGGUUAGAGAAACAGAUGGCAUCUUUGUCUGGGGACCAAACAGCUGUAGCAUCCCCUUAGCCUCUUUCUAGCCCACCUCCCCCUCCAGGGAGGGGAGAGCAUCCUGAAUGAAGUAGAUGAGCAUUUGCAGCAUUCUUUUUAGAUGUAGGAACUGAAGAAUCCCAGUGAGCUCUGCAUUUGUAUCUUGCAAGUUUGUAAAAACUCAAUACAGGAAAUAAAAAUAAUGGUUUGUACAAA